UUCUUUCCUCUUCACCAACAAACAAUUUCUAGUGUCAAAAAAAAGGAGAGGGUUUUUUAAAUGAUGGAGUGGGAAAAGCAACCGCCGCAGCAGGCGGAGGAGCCGAGCGGCGGCGGCGGCGGCGGCGGAGGAGGGAUGUACGUGAAGGUUAUGACGGACGAGCAGAUGGAAGUACUCCGCAAGCAGAUUGCUGUUUACGCCACCAUUUGCGAGCAGCUCGUCGAACUUCAUAAAACCCUCACCUCUCAGAACGAUCUUUCUGGAGUGAGAUUGGGGAACCUAUACUGCGACCCGUUAAUGACAUCCGGGGCCCACAAGAUAACGGGCAGGCAGAGGUGGACCCCGACGCCGAUGCAGCUUCAGAUUCUCGAACGAAUAUUCGAUCAAGGUGUAGGUACACCAAGCAAGCAGAAGAUCAAAGACAUAACAACCGAGCUGUCUCAGCACGGACAGAUUUCCGAAACGAAUGUGUACAACUGGUUUCAGAACAGACGAGCUCGGUCCAAGAGGAAGCAGCAUGCACCACAAUCCAACAACAACAACAAUGGUGAGUCGGAAGUCGAGACGGAGGUUGAGUCGUCCAAUGAGAAGAAGACGAAUACCGAUGAAUCGUUUCAACCUCAGAAUAUUCUGAGUUCGAAUUCUGAGGAUCUUUGUUUCCAAAACCCUCAGUCGAGUUCUGCGGUGGAUCCACGAACUAGUAAGGCGGAGCCCACUUUGCCGCAGGAAGUUAGUUCCAAGUUUGGUGGGGGUUUCGGGCAGAUGCCCUCUUUCUAUGGAAGUAUGUUGCCCAAUUCAAGAAUGGAGCAGUUCAUAGGAAAGAUAGAAGUUCCAGGGAAUUAUAAUCCGUAUUUGCAACAAGAUGACUACAACAUUGAUGGUUAAUCAUAAGUUUCUUCACUUAUGGUUUGUUUGUUCUACGAACUGAUAAAACCUAUUAUUAUUAGUAGCAGUUUUUCUGUUCGAACUUGGAGUAUAUUACCGAUCUUUUGUUUGUUCCUCGAAGUAAUCGUUUGAUGCGUAUGAAAAUUGAAUUUGUUAUGCUAUUUCUUGGUAUGAAAAAGAAAUUAGUACGAUAUGGAAGACUCGACAAAAUCAGCCCUCUGAUUUUCCUUUUUUUUUUUUUUCGGUGGAUUCAUUGUUUUCUCUUGAUUUCCUUCAUUGUGGUGCUUAAUGACUAUAGUGGUGAGUGGCUGCCUAUUGUGUAUUGUG